AUGGCCAUCUUCCAGCUUCUCUCCAGUCUCGUCCACUUUGCUCCCGGGAGCGGUGGUGCCCCCAACGCAUCGGCGCUGUGGAGGUCUUGGUUCAGCAACAUCCUGGCCAGGAACAGCCAGCGUCUGCUGGAGAAUGAGAGUCUGGCCGACAGUCCCGAUCGUCUGCUGGCCAUCUCUAAGCCGCUGUGCACCCGUCUGCUCGCCGCCAUGGAUUACCCCGGUGCUCCUGAACUCAAGGCCGAGGCUGUCGAGGAUCUCCUCAUGUACAUGUACAGGAGGGCCGUCAAGAUUGGCCUUCCUCUCAACACACCCUUGUCAUCCAAGGGAUUCCGUCUAGGAUACUCGAUGGGACUGUUCUCUCACCCUCGUCACCCUCUCGAGGUGCAGGGAUACGUCGGCCUGUUCACGUGGAUCGUCGUGCAGUAUGACGACAUUGUCGGCCAGGACAACGACAUGAUGGAGGAUGCCAUGCUCUUCCAGAGGCGCUUCUUCAACGGAGAGCCCCAGGGAAACCCGCUCCUCGAGGGCAUGGCCGAGCUGAUCCGCGAGGCCCACAACCACUUCGACCCCGUCCUCGCCAACCUCCUGCAGGUCUCGGCCCUCAAGUUCCUCUCGGCCAACCUGCUGGAGCGCCACGAGGGCUUCGAGAAGAUGGAGGUGACGCGCGACGGCAUCAAGUUUCCCGACUUCCUCAGGGACCUCGCCGGCAUCAACGUCGCCUACGCCGUCUUCUGCUACCCCAAGGCCAUGUACCCGGACGUCAACGUCUUCCUCGAAGCGUUCCCCGACAUGAUGAGGAUCAUCGACAUUGCCAAUGAUGUUCUCUCCUUCUACAAGGAGGAACUCGGCGGUGACAUGCGCAACUACAUCCACAACCGUGCCCUCACCACCGGAAAGCCCCUCCCCGCCGUCCUCGAAGACACCCUCCAGGAGACGAUCGACUGCGCCAAGCGCGUGGACCGCAUCCUCGCCGGCAAGGGCAUCUACCACGACACCUGGAAGGAGAGCGUGAGGGGCUACAUUGCCAUGCACACCACCAACCCCCGCUACAAGUUCAAGGACAUGGGUCUCUCCGAGGUGCACCCUCUCACUCCGUUUGAGGGUAGGAUUGACGAUCUCUUUGAGAGUAUGACGCCGAAAUGA